ACUCAACCCAAAAAGGAACGUUAAAGCUGUAAAAAAUGCAAAAAUAUAUAGGAAAGAGGGAUAAAACGUGUUGGAAUUUACUUUUUACUGGGGGUGAAUCCGUUGGCUCCCCCGUCUUUAGCCCCGAAAAUAUUUCCUCUUCUCGCACGUGCACCAUGCCUCUCACUUUUACCCCCCUCCCCCUUCAAAUUCCCAUCCCUCCCGAGUUCCCUUUCUCGGAAUUCUGCUGCCCCUCCUUUCUGUCAGCCCCGCGACGAGGAGGCCAAUGGAAGCCCCUUCUUCUUCCUUCGGCCUUCUCGACCAUUAUUGGAGCCCCACCACUUCAAUUCCUUCUCCCACUCCCUGGACUCGCCACCAGGACAAGAUUUUCGAGCACGCUCUCGUCAUGGUGCCGGAGAAUUCUCCCAACCGUUGGAUGAAGAUCGCCGGUCUUGUUCCUGGUAAAUCAGCGGCCGAGGUUAGAGACCAUUACGACGCCUUGGUCUCUGACGUACAGAAGAUCGACUCUGGACGAGUUGAACUACCGAACUAUGCCGAUGAGUCGUUGUCGAGUUCGCCGGAGAGGGAAUCGCCGUGUCAGCUGCCGGAGAAAGCGUCUGAGAGGAAGAAGGGGAAACCCUGGACCAAAAAAGAACACCAGCUGUUUUUAUUGGGGCUGAAGAAAUUUGGAAAGGGCGAUUGGAGAAGUAUUUCCAGAAACGUGGUGAUUACGAGAACGCCAACUCAAGUAGCUAGCCAUGCCCAGAAGUAUUUUCUACGCCAAGAGUCGGCAAAGAAAGACCGGAAGAGAUCCAGCAUACAUGACAUCACCACCGUAGAAGGCAAUUUAGUAACGGCGGUGGCUGCAACCAGUCAAGGUCAAUUGAGUAUUUUUUCAUUAACUCACUCGCCGUCGCCGUCAUUCCCGCUGCCGCUGCCACACCAAUUUUCACCUGCAAGCUAUUUUCCAAACCAGAGAAGCUUGCUAGAUUACUAAAACUUUUGUUAUCAUACAGAACAAUAGGAUUGUAUAAUAAUGUUGAAAUCAAAAUGGCAAAAGUUAAUUUAUUAA